GUUUGGUAGCAAAGAGUAAUUUCGCAAUAGAACCUUGAGGAGACAAAGCCUGGAAAAACCCAAAAAUUGCACAUAUAAAUAUAAAACCAAAUGAAUCAUCGUUCUUAAAAAUCACAAUUAAAAUUGUAUGCCCUGAAACAUUCAAAUGUUUUGUUUACAAAACAUUUACAUGGAUUUUGCGCAUUUCGGCCAACAACAAUGAAAAGUGCAAAUGUCAAAACCAUGAAUGUUGUCAAAAAUUGCUACCCUUAAAAACAUACUGCCGGAGCUUUUUAACCCCCAUUCAACAAUGAAUGUAGAGAACUUUUUCAUAGAACCACACAGGGAAUAGGUUACAUGGAAAGCAACAUCAUUUAACAAAGAAAAGUGAACAGUGCAGACGGGGUUUUAUUACCAAAAAAAAAAAUAUUUUCAUAAAUUUUUCAAAAUGUUUAAAAGAAUUCUAUAAACACCAGAACUUAAACUCACAAACUACCCAUCUUAUAAAAAUGUGGUGACCUUAUUUGAAUUGCUGAAAACCUUGAACAAAAAUCCCCCUAAGGUACUGGAUAACCCUUAAGGAUUCAUUGCCUCAUCUUUGGUGCCUGCUAGGGAAAAUCUUGAUUGGAUUUGGAUAUCCCAGGGAUUUGACGUCUAGGCAUCUUCAUCGACUUCAUUAAAUAUGUCCCUAGCCAGUGCCGCUGGAGCUUUGCUCCGUCCACAGACACCUUUGCAACAAUUGCUGGAGGAUAUCAAUUUUCAAAGGAAUAAAGAAAUGAGACAAUUGCUCAAAGAUGAUAGCGGUUUCGUUGUCCUACAAGGUACCACCUAUUGGACCGAUUUAUUUGUUCGGCAUUUCUUAUUUCAAUCCGAACCGGUGCAUAGUAUUGACUCCGAUGAUUUAUUAUUUUUUGUACGUAAGAAACAUGUUAAAAGCUCUUCCCGACAUAUGCCAAAAUAUGAGACUGAAGUCGAUGUUUUCCGCAAGGACUCACGUAAAUUGCCCAUUGGUGACCCUGAUGUGGAUUGGGAAGAAACCGUUUACCUAAACAUGAUAAUUCAUCAAUUCGAUUACACACUAACAUUGGCCAUAUGCACACGAACAUCACCCAAAGAGCUGCAAGUGUUGCGAAGACAUUCUCAGCGUGUUUAUGCCUCACCAAGCCGUAGAAAAAUGGAUACCAAAGGCGAAGGUGAAGAGAUAACGUAUCCGCACAUAUGUUUUAUGGUUGAUAAUUUUGAUGAGGUUUUCAGUGAUAUUCUAGUUAGAGAUGGUGAAAUGGUCUGCGUUGAGUUGGUGGCAAAUGACAAAGAUGGUGCGGUACAGGGUGUCAUAUUUCUAGGUUCCAUACGUUAUGAUGCUUUGAAAAAAGUUUACGAUUCAAGGCAAUCUAGUUUAAGUUCUAAAGUAGCUCAACGCAUGUCCUUUGGCUUAUUUAGUAGUGGUGCUGGAGUGCAAACACGCUGUGAAUUUGUACGCAUGAAGGGUCCCCAGGGUAAAGGUCAUGCUGAAAUGGCGGUAACCAAGCCCAAAGGGUCGGGAGUGGAAACGCCCACCAGUGAACCAGGUUUCUGUGCCACCGAUAUGUGGGAUGAAUGGGAAGAGGAAAAUGAUGACUAUUGCACAUAUCGUCAUCAGCGACGCCUCAGUGAUCCCAGUGCUAAUUUGAAUAACUUCUCACGUUAUGCUUGGCGCACAAAAACCUCCUCGGAAUCGGGGGCUGGCACAGCAGGUGCCAAAGCACGUUCUGAAAAUGAAGGCCUUGACUCUCUGGCCAAUGAAGUAUCGGAAAUUGAAGCUGGCGAUUUGAGAGAUGAUCUGCGUCCUGCUUUCUCGGCAUCUGAGGCAAAACUGCACACAAAUCCCAAUUGUGAAGAAUAUCAAAAGCAAAAGAUAGAUUCAAAUGUGGUUGAGAACAAUACCACCAUAGCAAAGCCCGUACGGCAAACGGAAACGGAAGCAGAAACAGAAGCAACGCCACUGCUUACUACGACUACUACUACUACUACAACGGCUACCAAAGAAACGACAACGAAUGUGGUGGACAAUAAUGGCCCUUUAGACAUAAUUCCCUCCGCCCAACAAAUUGUCGUAUCCCCUCCCAAUACAAAUCCCAUACAGGAUGCCGUCGAAGCUGUGGAUGUGACCUCACCCUCGCCCAAUGGCAAGACCACCGGAUGUGGCGGAAACUGUUUUAAGAGUGGUAAAAAGUGUAAGAAACGUUGGAUAAGUGGCGGCUCCGACAAGAACACUCCCCAAAUGUCCCAGGUUUACUGUCCCUCUUGCGAUGACUAUGCCAAUGAGACGCCGGCUUGUCUCAACAAGAUGCCGGAUAAAAAAUCAAAGCUGAAACCCAAGACAAUAUUGAGUGUCGAAAGUGAAUUGGUGGUGACCAAACGAGGAAGUCUAAAAUUCACCGAUCGCAAAACCCCCAUAUCGAACAUUGCCCGUUGCUCAUCCCUGACAACGGCAGACCGCAAAGGAAAAAGGCCGGAAUUCGGCUCAAGUAGUAAAAAAGAAAAGCCCAAGGCCAAAGAGAAAGACAAAGACAAAGAAAAGGAAAAUCAAAAGGAAAAGGAUACGCCCAAAGAUCGAUCAAAGAUAUCCAAAACCAGCAGCCUUUUGGCCAAAGUCUCUCCCAAAAAACUAAGAGCCAAUCGUUCAUCUAGCAGCUCAUUGGCAUCCACCAAUGACAAAAGCAAGACCAGCAACUCGCAACAGAAGAAGAAGGAGUGUGUGGACAAUGGCAACAGUGGCGAAGUACCAGCCGCCAAUGAUAUGAAACCCGAUGAGGUUAUUGAUGCUUGCCAGGAAUAUGAAAUAGCCGAUGAUGCCAUCUCGCUGAAUGGUGGUGAUAUAUCUCAUGUCUCCGAUGGAGGCAGUAAAAUGAUUAUUUUGACUGAAACCGAUUCCAUGAUUACGGUGCGUGGCAAAGAGGAGUUGCCUGUGGUGGAAGAGCCAGCAACACCCUUGUCACCUUCGUCCCAACUCAUCAUAGGCGAUAAUGGUGAUUCCAAAACUGGCCAAGCGUAUAAAUUUGAAAAAUGUGUUCGUGUACCUGUAACCACAGACAGCCAUCCAUUACAAACCACCAACAACACAGAAACAGUGGUGCUGCAGCAAACAGCACCACUGGCUGAAAAGGAAGAGCCGGGGGAUACCCUGGAUAAUAAUUCAUCAAAUUCCUCAAGCACUCUGCACAAUGAAAGCCCUUCGAAACGUCCCUCUUCAUUAAAUGACUGCAAUGGCAAUUUGAAUUCAGCCUCGGCCUCCUGCAAUACCUCGCCUCUACUGUCGCCACCCAUGUUGACCAGUGCCAAUGUGGUGGACAUGGGUAAUAUGUCGGCGACGCUACCACGCACCAAACGUACAGCAGCCAUGCAGGCUUUCUACAAUCGCGCUUUGACUAUGGUUCCCAAGAGGCGAACACCAGAUGGUACCAAUAUUUAUUACUGGUGUGAUCUGUCCAAAAAGGCACUGCAAGGUGAAAAUGAAUUAGACGAUGGCGCUUAUAACCCCUUGUGGGCCAGUCGUGGCUUUGCACAAUCUUUUCAUUUCUGGAAGGAAAAUCGCCGGCAACAAUCCACUCCAUUGAAUGCAUUCCUCACAUAUGUUACACUGCCCUGGUGGAGCAUAGCUAAAGAUUUACUGGAUCAUCGCGAAACACCUAUAUUAACAUUUUAGUAUUAAAUUAUAUAUUUUUGUUUGUUCUCUUAUAUUUAUUAAA